UCAGCCUGAAGCAGCGUGACGCGCAUGCGCAGUCAGUUGCCGUGUCGACGCGUGUGUUGCCGGUUGCGCUCCAGAAUGUUGAGGUGUGAAAGUCUCCCGCAUGUCAGCUGUGUUGUCAAGCAAGAACGCGUCUUCGGAGAGGUGUGUGGCUCAGCUUGAGCUGCGCGUCGGCUUCCUCCGAGCGGCGGCUUCUCACCUGCCUGGCGGCCGAUGUGAGCGAGCGGCGCGGGGACAACAGCACAUCCGGCCUGGUCAUGGCGCAGGACCGGGGCAAGUACGACUUCUACGUGGGCCUGGCCCUGGCCGUCAGCUCCAGCCUCUUCAUCGGCGGCAGCUUCAUCCUCAAGAAGAAAGGUCUGCUCAGGCUGGCCAGGAAGGGAUCCAUGCGGGCAGGUCAAGGUGGUCAUGCAUACUUGAAGGAGUGUCUAUGGUGGGCAGGACUACUCUCAAUGGGCGCAGGUGAGCUGGCCAACUUUGCGGCGUAUGCCUUCGCCCCCGCCACCCUGGUCACACCUCUGGGAGCGCUCAGCGUGUUGGUCAGCGCCAUCUUGUCCUCGUACUUCCUGAGCGAGCGCUUGAACCUUCACGGCAAACUGGGCUGCCUGCUCAGCAUCCUGGGGUCCACCACCAUGGUCAUCCACGCACCUCAGGAGGAGGAGAUCAGCAGCCUGGAACACAUGGCCCGGAAACUGGUCGACCCGGGCUUUUUCGUCUUCGCCACGCUGGUGGUGGUGGUGGCGCUGGUCCUGAUCUUCGUGGUGGGUCCUCGCCACGGGCAGACCAACAUCCUGGUCUACAUCACCAUCUGCUCGGUGAUCGGCGCGCUGUCGGUGUCGUGCGUGAAGGGCCUGGGCAUCGCCAUCAAGGAGGCGGUGGCGGGCGCCAACGUGGCCAAGACGCCGCUGGCGUGGAUCCUGCUGCUGGGCCUGGUGGCGUGCGUGGGCACGCAGAUCAACUACCUGAACAAGGCGCUGGACAUCUUCAACACCUCGCUGGUCACGCCCAUCUACUACGUCUUCUUCACCACCUCCGUGCUCACCUGCUCCGCCGUGCUCUUCAAGGAGUGGCGCCACAUGGGCGCCGACGACAUCAUCGGCACGCUGAGCGGCUUCCUGACCAUCGUGGUGGGCAUCUUCCUGCUGCACGCCUUCAAGGACGUCAGCGUCAGCCUGGCCGCGCUGGCCGCCUCCGUGCGCAAGGACCAGCGCGCCAACGGAACAUACGAGCUGCUGCGCGCCGACACGGAGGAGCGUGACGAUGUGGUGUCGCGGCGGAACGGGGCGGCGGCGUCGUCGUCAUCCUAGGAGCCUAAAAAAAAGACAAUCUGCGGGACCAAAAGAUAUUUUUCAUUUGCCUUAACGUCUUCAUGCACUGACUGCCUUUCUACAAAGAUCCUUUCUACGCCACGAGCACUCAUGAUGUGUUACAUAUUUAUUGGAAUAAAAGCUUUCCGCAUGCAUGUUGCUCACUAACUGUCCAUAAGGCACACGUGUGUGAGUAGAAAAAGUGGAACCAUGACAUCUUAGCUACUGGCCAGUGACUGGUGGAUGGGCGGCUGGAAGCAGCGCACGUGUUCCACCGGCACGUUCUCCCCGUCACCAGACUUCAGGUACUUGUUCAGGAUGGAGAAGAUCUCGUUGUUCAGCACCUGGAACUUGCGGAUGCGAUCCACCAUCUUCUUCAGGGGCUGGGGGAGCAAGCGGACACACGUCAACACUACCUAGUGGACAAGUGGGUGUACUGCAGAUAUUUAUUGAUCAUCGCAAUACUUUUCUUGACAUUAAGUUAAAAAAAACACUUUUUUAACAAAUAUUUAAUCCUUUUGAAAUUAUUUUUUAAUAAGUGUCACAUAUUUUUAAUUGUUUCAAUUCACGUCAGACAAAUGUAACAAUAAAUUAUUUUUUUGAACAUUAACACAAUUUGUGAUUUAAUUAAGAAAGUUAGCUCAUUAUUUGGACAACAUGAAUGAACUUGAAAUGUAAUAAAUUCAUAU